ACCUAUUUAAUUAUUUAUUUUAAAAUGUAUUAAACAUUGUUGAUUUUUUUAUUUUUAAGAUAAUUAUCAUUUGUAUUUGCUCAAAGCUUUUAGUCAGUGACAGUGACAGUGGCAGUUAUAUUAUUUUUAGCACUACAAACACCCACCCUACUGGGAGAAGAGAACAUUAUUUUUAAAGUUUCAGUGCUAGUCUACAAGAAGAUAGAAUACUGACAAUUAUAUCUAUGCCACUGCCUUUGUUAUCUAUGGGGGCGGGUCAAAGGAUGUGAAGAUAUGCAGCCAUACAAUAUUAGUUUCUCUUCAAGUUCUUUAAAUUCUAAUACCUCUGUGUCUCAAAAGUAUUAUUAUUUUAAACAACAGUAGCACAUUUAUAUUAUUUGAAAGUGAAAUAUAUGUAUGUUUUACUAACAUGUUCUCAGGACUACAAAGACAACUUAUACUAUUAAAGUUAGUUAUGAUAUUUGUUAUAUUAUUUAUGUUGUUUAUAUUAUUAUUAAGUUUGCUAUGUAAUUCAUAUUUACAUGCAAGCAAACAUGUAAAAAUUGCAAAUUAUAUCAGCAAUGAAAAUUAUAAGCAUAGUAAUCCAAUAAGCAAUAAAUCUACCAUAGCCACGUUUUCAAUAGAAGAGAUGAGGAAUAUAAGAAUGCAAUUAAAUUCUAGAAGAAAUGAAUUAGAACAAUAUUGUAAAAUCAUUGGUAGAACAAGCUCAAACUUAGACAAUGUAUUAUCGAAUAUGAUUAUUGAUACAACACAUGGAUUAUCAUGGUGUCCUAUAUAUAAAGCAGCAAGUUCUACUUGGAUGAAGCACUUUGCUACACUUGGAGGUGUAUUAACAGAAUCAGCUAUGGAAUUGAUUCGCAAAAAUAUUUUGCAGAUUAAUACUAUUGUUAGAAAAGCAUUUCCACGUGAUCGAGAUGUUAAAAAAGUGUAUCAAAAGUUAAAUACAACAACGAAAUUUCUAAUAGUGCGUCAUCCAUUUGAACGUUUAGUAUCUGCAUAUAGGGAUAAAUUAGAACAUAUAGAAGGAAGAGAUUAUUAUUAUAGAAGAUUUGGACGUCAUAUAGCACACAAAUACCAUCGCUAUAGGAAACCAAAUGAAACAAAAUUAGAACCCACGUUUACUGAAUUUCUUCGAUUUAUAGUGGAAGAAAAAUAUUUUGAUGAACAUUGGGCACCAUUUAUCGAUACUUGUGAACCUUGUUUAAUUCAGUAUAAUUACAUUUUAAAAUUUGAUACUUUUGAUAGAGAUCAAAAGUUCUUAAUACAAGAAUUAGGUUUAAAUGAAUACCUGUAUGAAAAAAAUGACUUGAAAAAUAUAAAUCCACGUGGAGUUACAACUACUACUUUAGUUAAACAAUACAUGCAAAAUGUUCCUAGAUCAUUGCUCGAUGAAAUUAACAAAGUUUAUGAAAAUGAUUUUAAACUUUUUUCCUAUUUACCCAUAUAAUAUCUCAAGAUAUUUAACAGUAACAGUAGAAACGAAAGCAUAAUAAAUCUAAAAGUUACAUUUAAUUCUUUUCAAUAUAAUUUAAGCAAUAAUAAUCUCUGCCAUAGAAUUAACAGUUUUUAAAUUUUUUGGAUUAAGAUAACUGUUUUAUUUGUUCUUACUUGUCCAUAAUGGUGUAUAACGUAAUACUGCCAUGAUAUACAGUUGCAAUAUUAAUUGUGGAGCAGCCCCCAUAAAUGACUCAAAUAAAUGCAACAUACAUAUAUCA